AUGAUGAAUUUCGAUAAUCUCUUUCGACGUUUUAUAUUAACUCAAUCAUUUGUACGUGGCUGGGGAAAUCCAUUUUAUUUACAAGAAAUUUUUACCUAUCGACGUGAAAAAAUUGCUAAACAAAAAAGUAAUCAAAAUUAUAUAAAUGAUCGAUUUCGUUCACCAUUUGUCAAUUAUUUACCACAUUUGGUUCCAUCUCAAGUAGCUACAGCUCAUUUUCAACUUGUUCUAUCACGUGAUCAUCGUUUUGGUAUUGAUUCAAUUCCAAUAGAAAUUUCUUAUGAUGGAACAGGUGAUCAUGGUUUUUGUCGACGAAGGUUAUUUACUGCAGUCUCAUUAAUUAAUCAAUAUCCUAUAGGUUCAAUUCUUCUUGAAAAUCCAUAUUAUGGUUUAAGAAAACCACCAGAUCAAUCUCGUUCAUCAUUAUUGUAUGUUACCAAUUUAUAUAUCAUGGGUGAAGCACUUGUUUUAGAAACACUUAUGCUACUUCAUUGGUGUCAAAAAAUGAAAUUAACAUCAGCUAUUCUACAUGGUUUUUCUCUUGAUGGACAUAUGGCUUCAUUAGCAUUUACAAAGUAA